CGCCGGACCGAGCAAGUGUGGAUGGAGGUUGAGAUCGCUCAGCUCUCCAGCAUCAGCAAGGCGGACUUCACGAGUCGCCCGUGCGUCAACAAGCACGAGCACGCACUGCUGCAAGACUCUACCUCUGAGUCAUCUCAUAGAGCCAAAGGCAUCAUAGAAAGGCACCACAACAAGUGGUCGGAGUGCAGCGAGUGGUCGGAGACGGCUUGUCGGAGUGGCACCGUAGUCAAAUUUGAAUCCACGCCGAUCGCAGAAGCAAAAGUUGCAGAGGACGAGGAAGGGAGGACGCCCAGCAGAGAUUUCGGCUUUCGAGAAUGAGUGCGCCGACAGGCGGUGAUGGACCACCUCCAGCAUCCAACGUGGCAGGGUCCUCCACCGCGGAUCCAAGUGCACUCGCAAUGGCACCCUACAUCCACCGAUUGGCCAACCUCAACAGCGGCAGUGGCACCGUUAACAGCGCGAUGUCUCCGGCGCCGUGGGAGCUCUCAAGUGGUGGUGGGGCCGCAGUCCCCUUUGUCUCGGCCUCCCAACUAGACGCACGGCCUCGGCCGCAACCAGAAUCGGGUUCCUCGUCACCGCCGUCGUCAUCUAGCCACCAACAAGCCAACUCCUCUGCGACUCCCGUGGCCACCGGCUCGACCAACAAUGCUGCUUCUUCGACUGCGCAUCUUACAAAGAACAAUCCUUUCCUCAAUAAGCUUCGAAGCAUGGUCGACGAUCCCGCAACCAACAACCUUAUCCGGUGGUCGCCCGAUGGUGACUCCUUCUUGGUGCCCAACCACGUCCGCUUCGGCGACGAGGUACUCCCGCGGUUCUUUAAACACAACCGCUUUUCCUCUUUCGUGCGUCAGCUCAAUAUGUAUGGCUUCCACAAGGUGCCACACCUGCAGCAGGGCGCGCUGCGGUCCGAUGCAAGUCAGGAAAGCGAGCUGUGGGAGUUCAAGAACGAAUACUUUCAGCGUGACAAGCCGGAGCUUUUGGCGUACAUGCAGCGCAAGAAAGGAGCCAAGGCUGACGAGGAGGCAGCCCUGUCGACAAAGGGGAAAGGGAGAGAGGAUGAGGGGAAUGAGCUGGCGCUCACGAAGGGAAACUCGAGCGAGGCAGGAGCCAUCCAGCUUGCCUCGGUGUGGAAUGCGAUACAGGCGAUACAGGCUGCCCAACAGGGGAUCAACGACAACAUCAGACACCUUCAUUCCAGCAAUGCCGAGCUGUACCGGGAAGCUGCCGAGCAACGGGCGAGAAGCAAGAAACAGGAGGAUACAAUCAACAAAAUGCUUCGGUUCCUUGCCGGCGUGUUUGGUGCGCAAGAUGUUGGAGGGCUGGGAGGCGGCGAACGUAGAGGCAACGAAGGUGGACCGGGUCAAAGCAACGACGGCAGACGCAGAGUUGUAGUACGCCCCACUGCCAAGAACCGACGCCUCCUUAUCGGCGACUCUACCAACUCCGCUGGACACAGCGACGGCAACCACGCAGAUGACGAAGACCAGAUCGCAGAGCUGGAGCUGCCCAUGGAGGGCGAUGCCAGCAUCGAGGAGCUCACGCCUAGCAACCGCUUUUCUGAGGCACGCUCCAGCUCCAAUUCGCCGCGUGACGGCUCUCCAACGCAGCGCUUCGCCAGCCUCAACUCUUCGCCACCUCGGCCGACUUCCAACGACCUGCCUAACAUCUCUUCUGAAGUCACUGCUACGCCUGGCGGGGGCAGAAGAAUCUCGCAGCAGGCCGGUGCCCAGAUCCUGAAUGCGCUGUCUUCUGGGGAAGGUAGCACCUGGCUGGCCAACCUCUUUGGUCAGCAGCAACCUGCCAGUUCAAGUUCUCCCAAUGACCAAGCGAAAGCCGCCUCAACACCAGGUGGUGGAAGCUUCAAGCUGGACCCACAAACACUGCAGACCCUGCAGAGUGUCCUUGGGGGUGUGGGUGAUGGGAGCGGCGGGCACGAUUACUUUGACACGGGCGCCACCCGAGACGAAGGAGGCCGCUUCACCUACCCAUGGAGCGCGGCAGCUGAAUCAAACGGACAGAAGACCGUCACGACCCCGCCAGUGGCUGAGCUUGGCAAGUCGGUGCAGAAGAAUGACCAGAACCUCACGGGUACAACACAAGACGCAGCGAUGGUGCAAAACGCUCUCAACACGCUCGUGGAAGGACUUCGCAUUCAACCAGGGACCAAUCCUGGCGUUGGUGUCGAAAAUUGGAGCAAUAACAACCAGCAGCAUAACAACGUACCCUAUGUACCUUACUCGACAGGCACAGAUAGCAACCCCGUCGAUGCCGGUCUGGACAUGGACUCAUUGCUUCACGAGUUUCUCAACCCGGCUAGCUCAGGCGGUGACUCUGCCAUGACGCCCGGUGCUUCACCUGGCCAUGAAGGGGAACCGUCGUACGCAUUUAGCCCCAACACGACAGCCCUAGGCGAAAGCGCCACACCUGCACACUUGAAAGAGGAACGGAGUUCAAGCCGAUCUGGAACAAACACGCCUGACCAGACUGGCUCUCCAGCUGCGUCAAGUUCACGAAAGAGAAAAGAAUUCGAGGGCGCGCUGGCCGCCGACAUCGACAAGGCCAAUGCAAAGUCCAAGAGAGCGAGCACCGUAAAACAAGAAAAUGACUGAUGAUAGAUACCCCCACUCCUCUCUCGACACCGUUCAUUGUAUUUCUGUAACAUCUGAAAAUUUGCUAGCACCUUCGAGGCCGAAAUACAAUCAUCGACAAGCUUCGAGACCACGCU